AAAAAAAAAGUGUUAAAACGAAAGAGCCCGCUUGCAGCUACGUCAUAUCCCGAUCAGCUGAAAUUAAACCUGCUGCCAACCAAGGUUGCUGUUUAUCAUGUUUACGUAAUUCUCUGCGCUGGAUGACACUUGACCGUCCUUGGAUCAGGGAAACGGGUGGACUGGAGCGUUAGUGCGCGAGCUAGAGCCUGAAAUUUCUUAAAACAGUAUCUGUCGUCGUUAGAGGCUUUAGUGGCAGAUUAUUGCGAUGGAUCCUGAAGAAGUGGAUAGCGAUUUGCAAGAUGUCAGCUGCUUCAGCAAAUGUGGUGUGCUCACUAGGAAAGACGUAUUUAGAUGGAACGUGCAUUGCUCCGUAAUUAUCAAUGACAAAAAGAAUGCGAGAAGUGAUUUCUUCACUUUCCGACCUGUUCCGAACGCCAAGUUUUGUUUAUUGCUGUCUUCUGACCCAGAUAAAAUGAAUUUUGCCCAGCAGUUCGGUGUUUGUUUAUGUAGAAUACCGACGGACGAAAUUAAAAUAAAAAAAGAGGAAGACAUUACGAUAAAAGUGUCAUUUUCGUUACUGGACACGAGAGACAGACUUCAUCAUACGUGCGAACGAACUAUGAAAGAAUGCAGUAGAGUAUAUGCGGCUUUCGAACGCAGUAUUUUCGAUAAGCAUCAGCUCAUUUUUCUUCGCAAGGGAACUUUGACCAUUCAUUGCGCGAUGGACGUUGAAGAAAUAGUAAGCGAGACCAAUCAAUGUCCAAAAGACAACGUGACACAGCCGUCUAUUAAACAGUUUAUUCAAGAAACUGACGGUAUUGGCGAUUUAACUCGCGAUUUCAAGAAUCUUCUGGACAACCAGAAAUUUACCGAUGUUACUCUCAGUGUUCAUGGAACAGAUUUCCAAGCCCAUCGAGCUAUUUUAGGUGCUCGUUCUCCAGUUUUUGCUGCAAUGUUUGAGCACGAUACAGUGGAAAAAAUCCAAAACCGAAUUGUUAUAGAGGAUUUUUCCAGUGAGGUGAUUUCGUUGUUGCUGCGUUACCUCUAUACUGACGAAACCAGCGAGUUGACAUCUCAAACAUGUUUGGCCCUCUUUGUGGCUGCUGAUAAAUAUGCAGUCCCAAAACUGAAAAGGAUAUGCUCAAAAUUUUUAUGUUCUAAUUUGACGACUGACAUGGCAUUAGGAGUUUUAACCGUUGCAAACCUGCAUGAAGAUGAAGCUCUUAAAGAAGCUUCUAUUCAGUUAAUCCUUGACAACGCCGUUAAAGUAAUGAAAUCAGAUGAAUGGCUUUCCUUUCUGAAGGAUUACCCAGAACUUGCUAAUAAUAUCAUACUUAAUUUAGCUAUGAAAUCUCUCAAAUCAUAGUUGUUAGGAAAGAAUUAUAUGAAAAGCAACAAAAUUAUUCAAGUAUUUGAUUUUUUAUGUAUAAAAAUUUCCUGGAUCAUCCUUUUAAAACGAAAUUUGAAAUCUUAAGAAUAUAAUUCUUCAUAAAGUAUUGUAUGCAAAUGCU